UCCUUUGAUAUGCUAGGCUGCUAAGAGGAAUAUAGUUCCUUCUCUAGGUGGACGGUUCCUUUUAGCGGCAGUUUGAGAAUUUUACGGACAAGAUCACCUUUUCGAAUUGCUUUCUUUGCAAACUCACCAUCUUCGGUUGGAUGCACCGCAAACCGCGCGAGAGCAAGGGCUAUAUUGCUAUGGUUGCUCGGAGCAAAGUCCCGGGUGGCGAGGACGAAGACAAGCUCACAGCUGCAGGUGGUCAGAGCAACCACGAAGAAGACAAGCAGGCGCUGCUGCUGGAGCACGUAGGCCUGGUGGAAACGCUGAAUGGGUGGCACGACGGCAUCCUGGCCAUCGGGACAUUCGGGUUCGACGAGAUCAUGGUGGAGGAAGACGACGCCGACGUCUUCGAGCCCACUCUGGGCCGCGACGAAGCCAAGACGCGAGAGCUCCUGAAAGCGACGGCGGGGUUCGCGCGCAGGAAGGACGAGACAAUCAACGUCCUGGGCUCGAAACCACAGGUGGGUCUGGGCUCCGCCGAUGGCGAUGACUACGAGACGCACCGGCUCUCUUUGUUGCAGCACCCACAAGAAGACUCGAUCCUGGAGGUGGAGACGAAGAGCGAGAUGAAGGAAGAGAGGACGAGGACGACGUUGGCCGACCUCUUCUCGCGCCACGACGUUCACGACGAGCCAUCGGCGGAAUCCGGUGAGAAGAAGGACGCAGGAGCGCGGGAUGGUGGAAAGAAACCGACCUGCUGUGUUAAGCCCGGCGAGGCUGCGGCCAAAGCCGCCGCGGCGGCCGGAUCCAAAGGAGAGGAAACCGGAGCAAGCGCCAAGAUCCAGAAGCUUAUGGCGAAGAUGAUGAAGAGGAAGAUCCAUCCCGAGGCGGAAAAUUAUACAGGUCCAAAGGGCGCCGGCAAGGUGAAGGAAAUCCAGGAAUGUGCAACUGUUUAUCAAGAGGCUGAUGGAUCUAGCAGCCGCAAAUACGCCAUGCUCGGUGGCUCCACUCAAAGAAGCAAGAAGAGUUGGAUGAACAAAAUCUCCGUCAUCUAAAGCAUAUUAGACAGGCAAUCACGCACACUGGCUUCACCAGCAUGAUAUGAUUGCUCUCUUACUCUCCCUCAUAUGUUACUUUGAAACUGGUUGCUUUUGCAAAUGAAUGAUGCAGUCUGUAAUAUUUGUGUGGCUUUA